UCUUCGGGCGCAAGCUUUCGCUCACUCUCGUCGUCACUCUUCCCGCAAGAACUCCGUCUCGAAGAAGAAGAAGAAGCAGCGAGGGCGGAGCAUUCCGGAUCAUCGGUCCGGCGAUCUUCCCUCCGCCGUCGGCGCGCGCGCGCCCUCCCCGCGAGGGUCUACUUUCCUGGUUCGAGUCAUUAACAAUACGGUGACCACCAUGAGGCUGAAAAAAGGAAGCACCACCAUGAGACUGAAAAAAGGAAGUAAAGUGGAGGUGCUCAGCAUGAAAGAGGACUUCAUAGGUGCUUGGGUUUAUUCCGAAAUAAUAUCUGGAAAUGGGCGCAAUUACUAUGUGAAAUGCUGUGGUUAUCCCGGUACUGCCGGGAAGAAAGUAGAGAGGGUACCGAGGAAGGUCAUUCGGCCCUGUCCACCUCCUGCGGAAGGCAUAGGUGCAUGGGUUCCAGGUGAUGUUGUCGAGGUGUUUCACAACCUAUCGUGGAAGACUGCCAUAGUUGUAAAGGUUUUUCAUGGAAACCACUUUGUGGUUAGGCCAGUUGGAAGCUUACGGCAUUUCAAUGUCCAUAAACGUUAUCUCAGGGCUAGGCAGAUAUGGAAAGAUGGCAACUGGUUCGUGGUCGGAAAGGGCGCUCGUAAUUGCACCAUAUCCCGGAGAAAACGACUUGCAGAAACAGACUUGAAGCUGCAAGCCGGAGCUGAAUUUUCCCCAACUGAGGGAAAUACUGAACUUCAGUUUCAAGUAGAUUCAGAGAGGAAACUGGAGACAGGUUCACAUGUUUGCUCGCCUCAUGUUGAAUCACACUGUGUUGGUUUUAAGAAGAUCAAACUCAUUACCAAUAAUUAUGGGGAGACUUUGCCAGGGACUCCAUCUUAUGCUUCAGAAAAGGCUGAUGCAUCUGAUUACCUGAAUGAGGAAGAAAAUAAUGCAAGUUAUUCCUCCUGUUGCUGGAGAACUAGGUUUCCUGAGGUGGAACCAGGAGGGUUUAAUGAAGCUUUUCAGCUGACGACGUCAAAGAACAUCAACAUUGAUAGUUGUGCAUCAUCUGUUGGCAGCUCUAGUACUAACGGCAAUAAUUGGUCUUCAAGUUCAAUAAAUUGCUGCAUCGGGAAUACUUCUGGCGAACUCAGUGACGCUGAAUCAUCCGUGGCAUAAUGUAUUAAGGAGACUCAUAUUCUUUGUCCGACAAAAGAAGAAUUGGAGGCAAGAUCCGUUCCUUCGCCUCAUCCAGUCACUGUCCAGUUCUGAGCUUUUCAGACUUCCAGUUGGGCUGAAGACACAAAUGCCAAGCCUUCACCAAUCUCUGCACAGUUCAGACAAACAAGCAUCUGAUGUUGAUAAAUCUGGCAUCCCCGCAAGUUCUUUGAUCCACUCUUUGGUGCUAUCUAAGCUGUUUUUAUCGCGAAUCUCAGAGGUUCACCCCUUGCUCUAGGACAAGGAUAUAAUGCUGAGGAUCUUGAUUCUUGACAGCUGACACCUUUCCUCAGGAUCGCACCAUUCACAAGAGGAUCAGGCAACGGGAGCAGAAGCAGCCACUUAUAAUUUAUUCAAAGUACUGGAGGAUGCUGCAGUAUGGAUCUCCAAUGUUAUACCAGAUAUCAAACACAACUGAGUACAGUACAUGUAAUGUAAUAUCUUCCUAAUAGAUAGAGUCCUGACUGGAGAAAGUGCAAUAGAGUCCUCCCCAAAUUCUAAAUA